GAAAAGCCUCAAGAAAUGUCUGGAAAAACUUGGGUUCUCCUUGUUGCUGGCUCAAAGGACUGGGACAAUUACAGACACCAGGCCAAUGUGUGCUGUGCAUAUCAAUUAUUUAAGAAACAGGGAAUUCCUGAUGAGCAGAUUGUGGUGAUGAUGUAUGACAACAUCUCUGAAAAUCCCAACAAUCCCUUUCCUGGAAGCAUUCGCAGUGUUGUUGAUCAAACAAACGUGUACGAAUCAGUGCCACAUGACUACAUUGGAAAAAAGGUGAAUUCGAAGAAUUUUCUCGCCGUUCUUCGAGGGGAUGACAGUGCUGGGGGAAGAAUCAUAAAAAGUGGAAGAAAUGACAACAUACUCAUCUACAUGUCAGGAGAGGGAAAUAAUGGCAACUUUAAAUUUCCUGAGGACUCUCUCACUGCCAAUCAGUUCACAACAACAAUCAAUAGCAUGUCUGGCAAAAAGAAAUACUCAAAGAUGAUGAUCUUCAUGGAUAGCGAUAACUCUAACACGAUGUUCGCAGGCCUUUAUGAUAACAUCAGUGUCUAUGCAGUGGCAUCAUGUGACUCAACUAACCAGAGUGUUCUGAGCGACCCCGACAGGGGCACUUACCUCUCAGAUCAAUUCUCAGCUGCUUGGUUGACGUUCAUUUCAACGGCUGAUCUUAAAAAAGCUACAUUCAGUAAGCUCUUUGACUACAUAAAACACAAAGAUGAUUCCUGUCCCAGCGAGAUUGGAGACGAGGGAAUUCCCCAACUUCUGAUUGGUGACUUUCUGCGAUUGGGAGGCUGUUCAGACUGCGCUUGA